AUGAGUCUUCGACGGAUCUGUACAAGGAUUUGGUGCGAAAUUGUGGAGAGGAUAAGAGAAAACGUGGCACCUUCCGGGAGCUUUUCAGUCGUCCAGAUCUCCGAAUGCCCUUCCGUGACGGUCAGCGUCUUCUCCGUUUUCGCCAUAGCCUGUGUCGUCUCCACUUCUUACCUGCCAUUUAAAGAGCUUGUCGGUAUCACCUUCAGCUACACGCCCUUUAUCGUGGUCACAGCGAUCUGUGUGGUAGUGAUGUAUUUUAUUUUGCCAGAAACGAAAAACCGGGACAUUGAUGAUAUGAGCGGCGAAGUAUGGACCCUUGAACAAUCGACGACAGGCUUCCAGCACGAAGAAUUACGCAAUGAAACGGAGAGCCCUGUCAACUCCAUCACCAGCAAGGAGCUCUCCACCGACAAAUUU